CGAAGACUGCCACUCCUGCUAGUGUGACUGUGUGAUUGUGUGAUCAACGAUGGACGUAAGCAGGAAGGUCGAAGUAAAAAGUGAAAUGCAGUGCGACGAUACCGCCCAGAUAACGGCAAGUAAAAAGCGGCCGUUCGAUGUUGCAUUCCUCAUGUUGCCCGAUGAGAAGCUCAAACAGAAACAGAACAAAAUAGCCAAAAACUACGAGAGUGACGUUGAUGUGUGUUUCAAUAACAACGACGAAGACGAGGAGAUUGAGAUCGAGGACUUGCCGAGAGACUACAAGAUUCCUGCAGGUCAGAAGUUCUACACCCAGAAGCAACAGAUUUUCGACGACCCCAACUUAAUUAAGGCCAGAAACUUGGAGGACUUAAGGUGUAAGAGCUUAUCAUCGUCUUCGGAGCAAAAAAGCGCCUUCACUAAGGUAAAUUUAGCUUCUAAAGACUCCAGAUUGUCGCCCAACUUGUCAAUCAGCCCGGAUCUCAGCUAUCAAAACUCUCUGAGCCCAUCACCACCAAUCAUCAACCGCAACUACCAAAACUUCUCAACUAAUAUGUUGUCACCAACUCAAAUCUUCAAAAACCACCAGUUCAGCGCAUAUCAGAAUAGUUUCCUGCAAGAAAACUUCUCUCCCGCCACCGACAAUCCAUUCCUGGGCAAAACGGCCGAGCUAAUCCAGCCCAACUUCCCCAAAAUGCGUCCGGCCUACCGACCUGAACUAGCUUACAACUACCAGCAGUUCCCCAACCAAGAAAUGCUGAAGAUCGCCCAACCGGACCUCAAGUUCCCAUCGAAUCCAGCCGCCGCGAUCCUGACGAGCCUGCUGCCGCCCUCGCUGGCCGCCCUGUCGCUGCCCGCUCAGAAUGUUUGCGCCAAGUGUAACAUCUCGUUCAGGAUGACGUCCGAUCUGGUGUACCACAUGCGGUCGCAUCACAAGAACGAGGCGACCGACAUGAACAAGAGACGGAGGGAGGAGAAGCUCAAGUGUCCGGUUUGUGCCGAGUCGUUCAGGGAACGGCACCAUCUGACCAGGCACAUGACGGCGCAUCAGGACAAGGAGGAGGAUGGGAAUUUGACCAGUAAAAAAUAAUUGAUUUAUGUAUAAAUAAUGUAUUUCGAGUAUAUCAGAUUUUUUUGUAUAUAUUAAUUGUAAGUAUUUGUGUAUCGAUAUGGUAA